AUGCUUCGAAAUAUUUUUGAGCUAAUACUACUGAUACUACCAAUAUCAAAUAUUCAAUGUUUAAAUUAUAUAUUUCGUCGGACAAAUAUUCUAGACAAAAUGGAAUAUUGGAAAAAUAAUAUUAUCCCAUGCGAAAAUGAUCAAAUUAAUUUCGAUGAUGAAAAAAUCACUACCGUAUUGAUUGAUAAUCGGUUACAUUCACAAAAAAUUAACCUUCCCAAAAAUGGAAUUUUAUUUUUCGGUGAAAUGAUGGAAAUGGGAAAAUUGGGUAGCUGGCAAUGUAAGAGGAGGAAGAAUGCGGAAGAAGUAUAUUUCGAACAAAGCCCAUCAUUGGGUUUCUAUAAUGGAUCAAAUUGGAUAGUUUCUAAAAAUGGAAUUAAAUGGCACCCAGCGUUACAUGCUCUCCAGGUACCAUCAUCUCAGGAUACUGCGAUAAUUCCAUCAUAUAGUGGUACUCGAAUAUUAUUAGAAGAUUUUGUUAUAGUUGGUGCAUUAACGUUAGCUGGUCAGGUGGAGAACAAUGAUACCUUCAAUGAUUUAUUUUUGCGAUCCAUCGAAGGCCAAUUUCAAUUUGAUUUGGCGUUGAAACUUAAAUCUAUUCGAGGCAUUAAUAGUAUCCAUUACCAAUUGCCUAAAUUCAAGAAUACUGUAGCAAUAAUGGAUUUUCAUCCAGCGAAACACAAUGCCGGACAAUUCAAUAGCAAUUUGGAAGCUGAAAAAUUAGCUUUGAUAUGUUCCUACCAGCAAUGUCAACCAAUAGUUCGGAAAUGCAAUCGACCAUUUCGACCAAUCGGUCAUUGCUGUGAAAUAUGCGGUUCAAUGCUUCGUUUUCGAACAACAGUUUUCAAUUUUAACAAAUUUCAAAAUGAAGUCGAAAAUUAUAAACGAGGGAAUCGAAUUAUCAUGGAAUAUGAUUUGGAUAUUGCAAGUUUACGUAUCGAUCAUAAUGAUCUCUUACCACAAUAUCAGAUUGUUAUUCUUGCACGAGAAAGUGCAAAACGUCCAUUCGAUGAGCAAAUCUACCAUACGGUCCUAAAAGAUGUAGCCGGAUUUGUGCAAAAUAAUUUCGAAAUUUCGCAUUCAAUGGCAAUGGCUGAAAUUGAAGAGAUAAUUUCGGUGAAUUUUCAUAGCUCUAUUAAAGGCGGUCUUGUACUAGCUCUCAUUUCAUCAUUUGCUAUUGGUGCAAUUAUCAUUGGAGUGAUCUUAACAGUUAGGCGAAAAUUCAACUUUCCUAUUUUCCUAAGGUUAUCGAAUCAGGAUUCAAUCUAUGAAGCAGUUCAUUGGAGAGGUGCAAGAACUGAAGAAGAUGAGCUUGAGUUGUUACGUAACAAUGAAUCAACAACUUUAAAUACUGUUACAAAUGAUAUUCAGAAUUAUUCGAUGAAAUCAGCGUCGGAAUAUUGUUCCACAUUUGAAAAUAUUGCAUUUGAUGAAGAAACUGCAGAUGAUAAUAAUGAAAAAUAG